AUGAGGAACUUUCUAUCGACAUCAAUACUCGUCGUCGCUGGUCUGUCGAGUUUAGUACAGUGUGACUCUGCCUUCGCGCAACCCGUACGACGAGAUGGCUUAGCAGAUCUACUGGGAGCAUUAGGAGCGUUGGACGGCGCAGGAAAAGGAGGAAAUGCAGGAGCCAAACAAGGCGGUGGGAACGCCAACGCCGAGAAGACCGUCACAGUCACGAAGGCAGUAACAGCAGCAGCCGGUACUGGAGGAGCAGGUUCAAGGAGCAAUGCAACGUGUGCAGCAGGAGGGGCUGAGAAGACUGUCACCAUCGAGAAGACGGUAACGGUAAACGCAGCUUCGGCUGGGGGAACUGGAGGAGCGGCAGCGAAUGGUCUUCAAUUAUCUUUCGUUACGAUGACAGUAUUUGGAACUGGACCCGCGCCAACAAUCACCGUCACACCGCUUCCGCAAAUGAUCACCCAAGAAGUCACCGUUACGGUCAACAACGCCGCAGCAGGUGCUUCGGUCGCAGGUGUAUCUCCACCUCCGGGAAUGGUUGCUGGGACUGGUACCACGGCUGUGAUUGUGAAGACAUCCAACCCAGCGGCUGGAGCAACUGCCUCAGUAGGAGCCUCACCAGCAGCUGCUUCUGUAGCAGGCGUCUCCCCACCACCCGGCAUGGUAGCCGGAACCGGAACCACAGCAGUGAUAGUCAAGACCUCCAACGCGGCAGCCGGCAACACAGCAUCCAUAGGCGCCGCCCCCGCAGUCGGCUCCCCCGGCGCCCUCGCCCAAGGCACAGGAACCAUCGUCGCCGGCGGGGCCUGCAACUGCCAAUGCCUCUGCGGCGCAGGUUCCUUCCCGAACGUCGCCGCCAUGAGCGCGCCUCCAGCCGCAGCAGGCACCACGCUCGCGACCGUUGCUUCACCCGCCGCCGCUGGUAAUUCGGGGACGUUUACUUCGGCUGCUAUUCAGAAGACUACUGCUGCAGGCGCUUCCGCUGCCGCUGUCUCCGGUACAAGUUCCGUGGCUACAAGUAGUGUUGCGGCAGCAAACCCAGCAGCCGCUAACUCAGCGACGCUGUCAAGUGCCGCUAUUCAGAAGACGACUGCAGCAGCUUCAGCUCAAGCAGCAGGUGCAACGACCAGUAGCGAAGCCUCGAGUCUGCUGCUGUCUGUUACGGCGCCGGCGGGGGCGGCGGCUGCGCAGGUGGCGAAGCCGAGUAGUAGUGACCCGAUCAAUAUCUCGACGUUUAGCUUGACGAGCUCGUUGGUUUUGGGGAGCUUGGCUAGUGCGAAGGCUAAGCCUUGA